AUGGGUCGCCGCGGCCGCCUGCUGCUGCUCCUCUUCGCCGGCGCGGAGGCCUGGCAGAAGUGGGCCUACGAGUCGAACGCGACGCAGGAGUGGCGCGACCUCUGGCGGCUGCCCCAGGGCCCCGGCGCGCGGCGGGGCCACACCAUGGUGCUCUUCAACACGAUGAUCCUCAUGUUCGGCGGGCGGUCCAACGAGGUGCGGCGGAACCACGUGCCCAAGACCUACGAGAUCGAGACGGUCAACGGCACCAUCGACUUCGUCAGCUACGACAAGAACCCCAUCGUCGACGGCACGUGCCGGUUGACGAAUUCGUCCGAGGCCGGCGGCAACGCGUCGGCGUACUACGUCUGCGACAACCAGAUCGACGUGGGCCUCUACUUCAACGACGUCUGGGCCUACGAGCUCAACUGCACGCGCUACGGCGACCUGCCCUGCGUCGAGCACACGUGGACGGUGCUCAACUACGGCGCGCAUCGCGGCGGCUGCAAGUACAUCUUGGGCCGCGAGAUCUGCACGCACCCGAGCGAGCGCUGGCUCCACGGCGCCGCCAUGUUUUUAGAUUCGACCAUGCUCAUCUACGGCGGCUUCAGCCAGCGCUGCGAGGACUACUGCGACGACCUGUGGAGCUUCGACGUCCGCGACGGGUCGUGGAUGGAGAUCUACGAGGUGGGCCACUUCAACCCGGGCGAGUCGCCGGGCAAGCGCUGGAAGUUCUCCAUCGUGGCCGACGGGACGACGUUCUACAUCUUCGGCGGCUUCCGGCUCUGGCACGGCUUCUCGUCGGACAACUCGGAGGACAACCGGUGGGACUCGUACGAGCUGCUGCCCCAGGGCGGCUACCUGAGCGACCUCUGGGUCUACGAGAAGCGGCUGCUGGCGCCGGAGGAGCCCAUGCCGACGUCGUCGGCGGGGCUCGGCACCUGGACGAACCUCACGGAGAAGCUCACGCGCACGACGGGGCAGGACAAGAGAGCGAAAUUCCCAACUUCAAAGGCUCGUUUCUCGGCCGUUUUCCACUCGUGCACGACGAUCCCGGGCGACACGUGGGACGAGCGCGACGCGCAGUCGUGCGUCGCGUCCUGGCCCCAGGCCCGCGCGGGCCACGUCGCCGCGCUGGACCAGGAGCGCAACGGCAUGUGGAUCUUCGGGGGCUACACGACCUUCUUCCCCUACCUGUCCACGGACGGCCCGGGCUCGGGCCUCGGCGUCGUCGCGAAGCCGACGGCCCAGGGCUUCAUUCCGUUUCCGGACUACCCCUACUACCUCGACGAUCUGUGGUUCUACAAUUUGACGGACGGCUACUGGACGUUGAUCGCGCCCGUGUCGUCCUCGAACCCGGCCCCGCGGUGCGACACGACCUUGGUGCUCGACGGGCGGAUUUUGAUCAUGUUCGGCGGCUUCAACGGGUCCCACCACUUCGACGACACGUGGUACUUCAACACGACGGAGUCGUCCAUGCGCUGGCUCCAGAAGAAGGGCGUCGUCUACCCGCUCUGGCCGGAGAACUGCACGUCGGACCUCGAGACCGUCGAGGACAACUUGGACGAGUGCUUCCUCCUCGAGUGGAAGCGGCCCGUGCGGGCCCACUGCCAGUCGCCGUCCCAGGCCGGCUGCCGCUUCAACGACUGGUACGCGCCGGACCCGAACAACAGCGCGCUCAACUUCGGGACCUACAACGGCGCGCCGUUCUACGGCAUCGCGCGCGACCCGGCGCCGACGGAGCCCGCGGGCGAGAACCAGCCCAUCGUGCCCGAGGCGGCGACGGGGCCGCGCCAGUGGGUGCGGGGCGCCCAGUGGUGGAACGACUCCUGGGUCGCGCGCCACGAGCGCCUCGGCGACAUCGGCGACUACUUUGUGGAGGUCGAGACCGUCGACGACGCGAACGAGUCGUACACGACGUACAGCGGCACCUACUACCGGCGCUGCACGUCCGUCAAGGGCGAGGUGACGCGCGGCGGCACCAUGGGCUGGCGCGGCGGCACGACGGACGGCGUCGCGGGCCGCGCGACGGAGCCGAUCCUCGUGCCGCAGCCGCGGCGGCGCGCGCCGGGCUGGGACGGGUGCCGCGACCAGUGCUUCGGCGUCGUCCCGUCGAACCUGUACAUGGACGCGAGCAAUUUGUUCGACUGCCCCCUCGACGCGACGCUCCUCCCGGACAUCGGCCUCCAGUACCUCCACCCGAACCAGCGGUCGGACCACGCGGCGAUCAGGGCAGCAAAAGAGAGCGACAUUCCCAACUUCAAAGGCUCCUAUCUCGGCCGUUUUCCACUCGCGGCGAUCCACGCGCCCAUGCUCGGGCAGACGCCGACGGAGAGCCGCUUCCUCGGCGAGCUUUAUAUUUUUGGCGGCGUGGGCUACGAGCGCGAGUACUACCAGACGACGAACACGACCUUCCAGACGGCCGUGCUCGACGACAUGUGGCGCCUGGGCAUCCACGACUGCCCCUACAACUGCUCGAACCAGGGCGACUGCGUCUACGGCUUCUGCCGCUGCUACCCGGGCUACUACGGCGUCGACUGCUCCAACAUCUCCUGCCCCGGCGACUUCUGCUACAUCGACGAGGACACGAACAUCCAGGUCUGCCAGCACUGCUGCCAGGCGGGCUACAACCACACGGACGGCGACUCGUACGAGAUCGACGUGCCGCGCGUGCCCUGCUCCUUCGAGAGCCAGCAGCUCGACGGGUCCUUCGGCGAGUCCAACGGCAUCUGCGACGGCUUCGGCACCUGCCAGUGCGCGCCGCCCUACAUCCUCGACGACUGCAGCGUCAAGGACUGCAAGCACAACUGCUCCGCGCGCGGCCACUGCUCCGUCGAGUUCCCCGUGAGCCGCUGCAUCUGCAACCCGGGCUACUACGGCGAGUACUGCCAGUUCAAGGUCUGCCUGAACAACUGCUCCUACCCGAACGGCCACUGCGACCCCGUGACGGGCGAGUGCGAGUGCGAGAUGAUGUACGAGCCCUACUUGAACACGCGCGAGUACCACCGGUGGGAGGGCGAGGACUGCUCCUACCUGUGGGCCUACUGCGCCGGCACGAAAGCGACGCCCGCGGCCUGGGCCCUCGCGCGCCACUCGUUCCACCACCAGCCCGUCAUCACGACGAUCCAGGGCUUGUGGAACAGGUACUUGACGGGCCCGUGCAUCUCGCGGACGUUGAGCUUCACGUGGUCGUACCAGGGCUUGUCGAGCCAGACGAAGUGGGCCAUGGACACGUGCUCGUAGGCCUUGGCCCGCACGCCCGACGCCGCGCCGGCGGCGGCGGCGAGCACGGGCGCGAAGCCGUAGGCGCAGUAGGGCGCGCCCAUCCAGCCCCGCGACACGGGCCCGUUGUCGCGCUCGCCCGGGAACGCGAGCUGGACGUUGAAGCGCGCGGGCAGGUAGUGGACGGGCACGUCGCUGCGGCCGAUGGCGAGGUUGAUGAGAUCCUGGCCGCCGGACAUGUAGCCGCGCGACGCCUCGACGACCCUGGCGCACCACGCGGCCCAGCCCUUCUCGACCAUCUUCGCGUUGUUGAAGACCAGCACGCCGUAGUUCGUGCCGUCGCGGAAGGCGAAGCCCGCCGGCGCCGCCUCCUGCAGCGCGGCGCGCGACCGGUUGUCGUAGAAGGCCGGGUAGCCCACGAGAAGCUCGUCGCGGUCGCGCUUGCCGUCCGGGCGGAGCGGGUCGUCGAGCGACCGCUGGGGCGCGUCGGCGUCCCAGCACUCCUUGGGGUAGACGCGGAUCAUGCCGAUGCCCGCGACCUUGGGGAGCUCCUUCAAUAACAGGUUGUCCGUC